AUGUCUGAUUUAGUAUUAGUAUUAGGAUAUUAUUUUCUAUCUACUACUACUAGAAUGAGUUUUAGUGAUAAUCCAUUAAAUAGAUCAUCAUUGGAUGAUGAGGGAGAAGAAGGUGAUUUUGUCAACAACGUAUCUCCAUUUGCAACUUCAACUUCCUCUUCUUUAUCAUAUCCAACUUCAUCAUCUACAACAACAACUACUACUACAUCAACAACAAAUAAUACAUCAACUACUGCUGACAGUACUAUAGAAUAUCCACCACAACAACAACAACAACAACAAAGACAACAACCAGUCCAACAGAGUCAACCACAACAACAACAACAACAACAACAACCAAUAGUCAUAGAUCAUAAAUCAGUAAAGAGAAAACAAAAACAAUUAGAUGCACAAGCAAGAGGAGAAACUAUACCACAGCAACAGCAACAACAACAAGCAACUACAAGUACAGCCAACAACUAUGAUACAUCUUCACCACCAGCCAUCAAGAAACCUGAUUGGGUACCAGACAACUCUAGUAACAAAUGUGAAAUGUGUUCAAGUGAAUUCACAUUCUUUAAUAGAAGACAUCAUUGUAGAAGAUGUGGACACUUGUUUUGUGGAGAAUGUUGUGCACUCAAUUGUUCAUUGCCACAAGAAUAUGGAUAUACAACACGUGUAAAAGUAUGCUCUAAAUGUUUUACUACAACCCUUAAUGAUCGUGCACGUGAAGAAACUACCAUUACAAUCAAUGUUGGAGGUGUAAGCAAGGAAACUAAAGUAGUAUCAGGUUUAAACAAAGUUUUAUUAUGGAAAAUGGGAGCACAUGAAGAUGGAGAUUUUGAUAGAUCAAUUAUUGAUUCAUUAGAGAAUUAUCCAUCAAAUGCCAUUCCAGUAUCAAGAGUUCAAGAUUUAAUGUUGGAACCAUCAGAUUUGGAUGUUCAAGGAUGUACAGGAUUUAGAGUUAGAAUUUAUAGUCCAUCAUUGGAACCAGGUGAAAGACGUACAAAUUUCCCAAUUGUUAUGUGGUUCCAUACUGGAGGAUUUGUAUCAAAAUCAAUUGAAACACCAUCAAUUGAUGGAUUAUGUAGAUUAUUAUCAAAUCAAUCAUCGUGUGUUGUUAUCUCUGUAGAUUAUAGAUUGGCACCAGAACAUCAAUUCCCAGCAGCUGCAUUGGAUUGUUAUGCUGCUACAUGUUGGGCUGUCAAAAAGGCUGCUUCAUUUGAUGGUGAUCCUAGUAGAAUUGUUGUUGCCGGUGAUAGUGUAGGUGGUAAUUUAGCGGCUGCAGUCGCCUUGAUGGCCAGAGACAAGGAGUCUCCUCGUCUUGCCGGUCAAGUACUCAUCUACCCCAUCUUGGAUCUCAAGCGCAACGAAGAGAAAUACUACUCGAGAAUCGUUCACCAGGAAGGUUAUCUCAUGCCAAUGGCCUAUUUCCGUUGGUUCUCUGAUAAAUAUUGUCAUCAAAAUGACGUUGACAAUAUCUAUGCCAGUCCCAUCCGUGCAUCCAAUACAAAGAUUGGUUUGGCUGGCUUACCACCCGCUCACGUCCUCACUGCCGGUCACGACCCAUUCUGUGACGAAGGUGAGUUGUAUGUCAAAAAACUUCGAUCUGCCAAUGUCCCAGUCCACCACACUCGUUAUACCAACUCUCCUCACGGUUUCUUUGCCAUCGGUCUUGAUGAAUCAAAUGAAGCUGUCAUGGAAGUUUCAAUUGCCCUUAAAUAUAUGUUUUUAAGAAAAUAA